ACGCAAAGAAAUUCCUCAGUUCCCUCCCUCUAUCCACACCCGGUCCCGGCAGGCUAACGGACGUGCAAUCCGGCCGGCGCUUCAAUUCCUCGCCGUCGGCGACUGAGGAAUGUCAGGGGCGAAGGCAUCCGUGGAGCGCGUGAAGGACCGCGCCACCGGCCUCGACAAGUUCGUGCUCCGCGAGGCCCGGGGCAGCUCCGUCGAGGUAUAUUUAUAUGGAGGCCAAGUGACAUUUUGGAAAAAUAACUUCGGUCAACAACUGCUUUUUGUUAGUGACAAGGCUACUUUUAAACCACCAAAAGCAAUUCGUGGUGGCAUCCAAAUUUGCUUCCCUCAACUAGGUAACCAUGGAGUUCUUGAACAGCAUGGAUUUGCAAGGAACCGAUUUUGGAGUGUCGAUGAAAGUCCACCUUCUUUUCCAGUUGCUACUUCCAAUUGUCAUAUUGACUUGAUACUCAAGUCAUCUCAAGAGGAUUUGAAGAUCUGGCCACAUAGUUAUGAAUUUCGUCUGAGAGUUGCUCUGAGUCCAAGGGGAGAUCUUAUUCUUACAUCUCGAAUAAAAAAUAUCAGCUCUGAUAGCAAGCCAUUCCAAUUUACAUUUGCAUACCACACCUACUUUUCGGUGUCUGACAUCAGUGAAGUGAGGGUUGAAGGUUUGGAGACCUUGGACUAUCUUGAAAACUUGCAAUCUAAGAAUCGUUGUACUGAACAAGGAGAUGCAGUUGUAUUUGAGUCUGAAGUGGACAAGGUAUAUUUGAGUGCUCCACCAAAGAUUGUGAUCAUUGACCACGAGAAGAAAAGAACAUUUGUUUUGAGGAAAGAGGGACUUCCUGAUGUUGUUGUUUGGAACCCUUGGGACAAGAAGGCCAAAGCAAUGACAGAUUUCGGGGAUGAGGAGUACAAGAACAUGCUAUGCGUGGGGCCUGCAGCUAUUGAGAAGCCAAUUACUUUAAAGCCAGGUGAAGAGUGGAUAGGAAAGCAGGAGAUUUGUGCUGUACCAUCCAGUUAUAGCAGCGGACAAUUGGAUCCUGAACUGAUUCGUCGAAUGCACACAAUAUAAAGUUUACCGACGAUUACCUCCUAUGAAGACUCACUAUUGUUACGCCUCUGAAUGAGAUAAUUUUGAAAAAUUGUCCUUUGUUUUCCUGUCCAGUUCCAAACUAGCCUGUGGUUUUUCUGGAGCAGCACUGGGACUGAAAUUAUCACCCUAUUAAUAUUAGACAAAUUGGGGAGUUUUUCAUCCAUAUUUGGGGCCAGAGGUGUCAUUCCGAUCCGUAUCAAUCUUGUACAAUACUGUUUUUUUUUUCAGUUUUGUAUUGUACAUGUACUACUAGAAAAGGAACCCAAGUUUGUACUGUAUGUGGCAAACAAAACUAUCACGAUAUUAAUUUUGGGUUAUAUAAAGCAUCAGGCGUUUCUUUC